CCGGAGAUGGCUGAGGGCUCGCGCAGGAUGUCGAGUACGCCGUGUUCGGAGUCUUCGUGGCGGUCAGCCUCUUCACGGGCCUGUACUUCGCGUUGGGCAAGUGUCGCAGCAAGUCGUCCGCUCGGACUGUCCGCAGCGGGAGCAUGGCGGACGAAGAGUUCCUCGGAGGCCGAAGCAUAGGAUGCUGCCCCUGGCGCUGUCCGUGCUCGCCUCCAUGGUGACCGCCACGGGACUGCUGGGCUUCACGUCCCACUUCUACGCCUACGGGAUGCACCUGCUGUGGGGCUCGAUUCCCGUGCUCGUUCUCCUGCCCUUCAUCGCGUACGUGGUCAUUCCUCUGGUGCGAAGGCUCGGAGUCACUUCCGUCUAUCAGUACAUCCGGAUGCGCUUCGGUAACCAAGUCGGGAUCGCUGCCUGUGUCGUCUACUUCUUCCUCACUGUACGUUCCACUUUUGCUGAUUUUGCACGUAGAUAA